AUGAUAUCAUUUGUUGUCGCAUUUGAGUUGCCCGAAUGUGCUCCCACUUGUCGCGAGGGCGGGACCACUGGCUGCUACGGAUGUCCCGAUUGGGGCUACGCCAUGGACCCGUUCGCAGUUGGCCUUGCAGACGGCACGGUGAUCCUCCCCACAGCCAGUCGGGAAGCUGCUCCUGUCGUCGCGAAAAGUGACGGUGGCCUCGGGGGGGCGGGGACGGACGGCGGCAUUUUGACGAAAGCAACAACUGGAGACUCGAAUACACGACCAAACGUUAUCCCCAGCGACGGAAACAUCCCACUUCCAGCUCGAACACUCGUGGUGGUUAUUCUUGUCAUAGUGCUGGGCCACAUGCUCGGUUAG